CGCAGUCAGCGUUAGUAACACUAGCAUCAUGGGAAAUGUAGUUUUAAGUGUGCGCAUGCGCAGGCGCGUCACGGCGUGAUCGUUUGACAGGCGGCUGUUUGUUUCUGUCGGGAUUUCGUUCAUUAUGUCGCGAUACGGGCGACACGGAGGCGAGACGAAGGUGUACGUGGGUAACCUGGGCACCGGGGCGGGGAAGGGGGAGCUGGAGCGGGCGUUCAGUUAUUACGGGCCGCUGAGGACGCUGUGGAUCGCUCGCAACCCACCGGGGUUCGCCUUCGUGGAGUUUGAAGAUCCCAGAGACGCCGAGGACGCCGUCAGGGGCCUGGAUGGCAAGGUGAUCAGCGGCUCUCGCGUGCGAGUCGAACUCUCCACCGGAAUGCCGCGGCGUUCCCGCUACGACCGUCCACCGACCCGGCGUCCCUUCGACCCUAACGACCGCUGCUACGAGUGCGGCGAGAAGGGCCACUACGCUUACGACUGCCACCGCUACGGCCGGCGGCGCUGGAGCAGGUUUCAUCGUUUGAUUCAGAGAGUCACGAUCCUUUACGAUUUCAUGAGGCAUCUAGCAAAUCCCAUAGACCGGGGCACGAGCAGCCACACCCCUUCGCUGAGGCUCCUCCCACUGCUACUUAACUAUUCGUAGCCCCUCCCCCAUCCCAAACCAGAUGAGAGAUCCAAUCCGAGUAAAUUCGGCUAGCGAUUUGUGCCUUGGCUUUUGAUAAAGAGAGCAUCGAGACCUCGGCAGAAAAAGCGCCUUGCACACUUCUAUCAAGUCUCACUCAAGCGAUUUGGCUGCCAGUGCGGUCAUCGUUAGAAAUCCAAGAGAACGACUAGAUGCAGAGGUCGGCUGAUGAUAGAUACUUCUAGAUCGUCUAAAUCUGCUAGACCUCGGUUCCAAAGAGGGUCGACCUGCAAAGUUGCAAGGUUUAUUUCAAGUACCAAUUAAUGUGUCUCUCUGUUUAUCAUUGCCUGAACUCAAAGCAGUCGUAAUCUUUAAUGCUGUUAACUUUUUUAAUAUCUGUUGGAUGCUGUAGAGAGUUCCAGGGCUGGGCGAUAUAACACUCCAGAUAUAGAUGGAGCUAAAUUAUCGCGUUUACUAUUUUUUGAUCAUUGUUGCCAGUCAAACGUUUUAUUGCAAAAAGUAAAAUAUUUCAUUGCGUAAAUUAAUUUAAAAGUAUAAAUAUUUUCCCCAAUUUUUAAAUAAUAUUGCAAUGCAAAGUAAUAAACGGAAAGAUAUUUUUACUGAAACUUUUUAAACAAAAUUUUGCAACAUUUUUUGAGUGUUAUUUUAGUGUCAUUGAGAUACUAUGAAAAUUAUCUAUUGUCUU